AUGAGCCAGGUCUUGAUUUACGUGGGUCCCAGUCCACUUCUCGAACUAGCCAACUACCAUGUCCUGAGCCGGUUGCUCUCCUACAUACCAUGGCUGGCUCCCGUUCCCCCGAAGCGAGUAUUGGGCACCUUCGGCGCACUCAUAGCCGCUGUCGAGGGGCUGAAUGGUCUCGGAAUAGCAUUCACCAGCAACCCUGACGGGAACCAGCAAGGCUUGGGUCAAGGCCUAGUCGUAGCUUCUCUGGGUGUUCAAAUCUGUGUGAUUGCCUGCUUCAUGGUGAUAACCAGCGUCUUCCACCGGCGCUGCCACAAAGCCAACAUCCAGAACAAGGCCAUCCCCGCCCUUCCACUGACCCUGUACCAGAGCACAGCUUUUAUUGUCAUGCGCAGCAUCUACCGCCUCGUGGAGCACGCGGGAAACAGCAACCUAGACCUUAACAACCCUGAUGAGCUCCGGUCCCUGAGCCCUCUCUUGCGGUACGAAUGGUACUUCUAUGUCUUUGAGGGCACCACGAUGCUGUUAAACUCACUGGUGUGGAACAUAUGGAAUGCGGGCCGCUUUCUUCCGAAGAAUGCGAAGACAGUCUUGGCGCAGGAUGGGAAGACGGAAAUUGACACUCUUGAAGAGGUGACAGGACCUGAAGAACAGCCUUCAGCUUUGGCUCAGAUUUUGUACUUGGUCAUGCAGGCCCUGACUUUGGGUAUAUGGGGUCUUGUGUUCCCCAAGAAGGAGGGCAGGAAAGAAGUAGAGCUACUUGAAAGGCCCGGUGUUUAA